GCUACAAACACCCAAAGCAGGGCUGUAGUCGGUUGUCGUCCUUCCCCCUCACGGUCACGCUGUCUCUAGUCACCGGCUCCCGAGCUUCUGACGGAAAAGCCUGUAAAAAUGAAGAUCUGGGCGUCAGAGCACAUUUUCAAUCACCCAUGGGAGACGGUGACCAAAGCAGCGAUGCAGAAGUACCCCAACCCGAUGAACCCCAGUGUGUUUGGUGUUGACGUUCUGGACAGAAAUGUUGACUCAGAUGGACGGCUACACAGCACCAGACUUCUCAGCACAGAGUGGGGGCUUCCCGCCAUAGCCAAAUCUAUCAUUGGAGUAACGAGAACAUGCACGUAUGUUCAAGAGCAUUCAGUCGUGGACCCUGAGCAGAAAACAUUUGAGCUGCAGUCAACAAAUAUCUCCUUCACUAACCUUGUAUCUGUCGAUGAGAAGUUGACAUACAAGCCGCAUCCAGAAGACCCUGGAAAAACGGUGUUGACUCAGGAGGCGCUGAUCAGUGUAAAAGGCGUCAGUCUGAGCAGCUAUCUAGAGGGACUCAUGGCUAACACUAUAUCUGUUAACGCCAAUAAGGGUCGGGAGGCGAUGGAGUGGGUCAUCAGACGGCUGAACACUGAGAUCGAGGAGCUAGCAGCCACUGCUCGUGGCUCCAUGCGCGUUCCAAUGGCAGCCGCUGUCACCGAAAAAUGACCUCUGCAUUUCUUUUUAAUGUAUUUUCUGCUUACUCCAGCACCAUUAACUGACAGACUGAAACAUGCCCCCGUUUCCCCCCCCCUCUAAUCUGCCAAAACAGCCUAAAACCGACCGUCCCGUCCUCUGGUCCCACACAUGCUUGUCUGGAUUUUUCCACGAGAACUUGGUCCGUUUUUCCUCAGCAAGUCUGCACCGACCGUCUCCACUCGUUUCUGAGGAGAAUACCAGGGAACACUGAGGUGGUUUAGAAAAACAGGGUUGACUCAGACUGAGCUUGAAGCUCACAGGACUGUCGUUUUGUGACAUGGAAGUGUUUUUAAAAAUGAUUCACACUGUGCCUACACAUCCACCCGGCAACGCCAACUUUUCCGUCCCCCUCGUUUUUCUCCGGCUGUAACAUUUCAUUGUUAUUUCAAAGCAUUUUUAGACUGACUGACCACUUAAUCCAGUUCUAAAAGCUGUCAGAGCAGACAGGCUGUAGGAUCAACUGGAAGCUAAAAAUCUCAGCAGCUGCUCAUAUUUUGAGGUUACAUUUCUCUGUUUCCUGCUUUUUGUGCAACAGGGUGUGUUUAAAUUGGACCUAGUCUUGUUGUGGUACUGAAGAGGUGGAGUCGGUGAUAGAAAAGACAGGUUCUCAAGGUACUUGUAGAAAUCUGACACUGCCGAUGUGCUCUGAUUGCAGCGGUCCAAAGCCAGCCAUGAGCAGAAGGUGGCGCCGUAGAGUAUUGUUCCUAAGAGAGGAGGAGCAGCUUUGAGCUUCUCAAAACGAUUACAAUGUGAUGCAGGUGCUGGUUGAUCAGCAUAGUUGAUUGGUCUCCUCUUUUUUGCAGUCUGUCUGAUCUAUU